CUGUCAAGAGCCUCCCUUCUUCAGAAGCUCAUUAAGGGCAUCCAGGAGGAAAGAGCAUCAAUUGGCCGGACCCUCCAGCAUUCGCCGGGCCUUUUUAAACCAGUCUAAACCCACUUAUAGAUUGGAGUAAUGGCAGAAAAUAACUCAAUUUUUUCAGAGGACACAUGAAAGAUGUGGUGCUGUGAGGUGGUGUUGGUGACUUAUUAAAACAGCAGGGAAAAAACGGAACUUUCCUGCUGUUUUGGACUUGAGCCAACCAGGAUCUCACCCUGCAGUGUGCUGACUGGAUUUAAGGAAAGUUGGAUGAACCUGGGGAGUUCUGUUUGGAAUAACUUGGUGAACCGUUUUGGAUCAGCCUGAAUCUUUGAGUCUGUGUUUGCUCCACAGCUGCUUCUCUGUAGCCGCAAAGGCUUCAUGGAGAUCCAGGGCUCUUUGGAGGACUCCACCUUGUUACAGUUUGUCAGUGACAUAAACCUGGUGGAUUUAGAUUUAGAACUAAACGAGCUGAAUGAAGCUGCAGCCUGUACCCAGACUGGGACCCGCGCUGCGCAUCAUCUUACGGACCCACCAAGAUGCUUCAGCCGAGUCAGCCAAGGAAAGUCCAGACGGAGGAGGAUCAUCACUGUGGUCCAGCGGCAGGCGGCAAACGUGCGGGAAAGAAGGCGGAUGUUCAGCCUGAACGAGGCCUUCGACGAGCUGAGGAGGAAGGUUCCCACGUUUGCGUAUGAAAAGAGACUUUCGCGUAUCGAGACUCUGCGCUUGGCCAUCGUCUACAUCUCCUUCAUGACAGACUUGCUGGAAAACACCUGAGUGUUUUCUUUCACAUCUUCGUGGGACAAAACCAGCUGUUGGGUCGAUCAGAAACAGAACAGACAUUUAUCGAGGAGCAGAUUCGCCGCGUUUGGAUGACUUGACGUUACGCAUGUUUACUUAAAGCCCAAAAGGCAUUUAAUUCAACAAUACAAGGGUAGCGAUCUCUUUAGUUAACACAGAACCACAACUACUUAACAUUAAGUUAGCUUUUUUUCUGUUGUAGAAAAUAUGUUGAAAUCAAGAAGUAAGAUCAUCAAGUUUUUACUUGUUUUCUCGGAUUAACCAAAUCCAUGAAGUGCUAGCCCUUCAGCUUUAUUUUGUGCCUGAAAUAAAUAAAC